GCUGCUGAGAAUCCCUUUUGCGGAAGAAUUCUACAAAGAAAGAUUUAAGACAGAAUAACCUUUCCAAUCACUCUCUAUUGCUGCCAGUGAACAAGACUGAAGCUGGAAUCUGUUAAUGAUCCUUUUAACCUUGGCACUGCCAAGUGGGCAUCUGGUGCUGUCCAGUUUCCACGUAUUACAUGCCAGCUAAGGGGAUAGUCAUCAACAAAACCAGGUGUGCCCAUGCAUGCAGCUUGUGAGCUGGGUCCUGCCAAAGACUGCUGGAAACUUGAGCCCCCCUGUACAGGAAUGUGGGUGCUACCAGCUGCUUAACAGACAAUGGUUCGGCGAGGGAUAGUGACAUGGCUCCCUCGGGUGGUAGUUCUGCUGGUGGUCCUCUGCUGUAUUGUAUCUGUGCUCUACAUGUUGGCCUGCACUCCGAGAGGUGAGAAUCAGCAGCUUGCCUUCCCCAGAGUGAACAUCCCAACGGGAAAUGAGGAGUAUGAGGCAAUCCUACAGGAAAGGGAAGAGCAUCACUGGGACCACAUCAACAGUCUGAAAAAACAGAUUGCUGAGCUGAAGGAUGAGCUCCAGGAGAGGAGUGAGCAGCUGAAGAGCAUGCAGGUCCGCAGUACUGACUCGCUGGGGGUAGAAAUGGACACAGGGAACCUGGAGAAAUCCCAGAAGGCCCUCUUGCAGUUUCUGCAUUCCCAGAUCGACAAAGCAGAGAUACAUACUGGCGUGAAGCUGCCGACCGAGUAUGCCGCAGUGCCCUUUGAGAGCUUCACCCUGCAGAAAGUGUACCAGCUGGAGAUGGGUCUUACCCGUCACCCUGAGGAGAAGCCAGUGCGCAAGGACAAGAGGGAUGAGUUGGCAGAGGUGAUUGAAUUGGGCUUGGAGACUUUAAACAGUCCAAACAGCAAAGGCAGUACAAACCAUCGGACAUAUUCCUUCUCUGACUUCAUAGAAGGCAUUCAGCGGACAGAAAGAGAUAAAGGCACCCUGUAUGAGUUGACAUUCAAAGGAGACAAAGGACACGAAUUCAAGCGAAUUGUGCUAUUUAGGCCAUUUGGCCCCAUCUUGAAAGUUAAGAAUGAAAAUCUCAGUAUGGCCCAGACCCUUAUUAAUGUCAUUGUCCCUCUAGCAAAAAGGGCCAGCAAGUUUCAUCAAUUUAUGCAAAACUUCAGGGAAGUGGGCAUACAACAGGAUGGACGAAUUCACCUCACUGUAGUUUAUUUUGGGAAGGAACAAAUGAGUGAGGUAAAAGGAAUCCUUGAAAACACAUCCAAAUCAGCCAACUUCAGGAAUUACACCUUCAUCCAGCUGAAUGAAGAGUUCUCAAGAGGGAAAGGCCUGGAUGUGGGUGCCCGAUAUUGGAAAGGAAGCAAUGUUGUUCUGUUUUUCUGUGAUGUGGAUAUAUACUUCACAGCAGAAUUUCUCAAUACGUGUAGACUGAACACACAGCCAGGGAAAAGGGUAUUUUAUCCAGUUCUUUUCAGCCAAUAUAACCCAGGCCUAAUUUAUGGACAUCAUGGUUCUAUCCCACCCCUAGAACAUCAACUGGUGAUAAAAAAGGAGACAGGGUUUUGGAGAGACUUUGGGUUUGGAAUGACUUGUCAGUACCGCUCUGAUUAUAUCAAUAUUGGUGGAUUCGACAUUGACAUUAAAGGGUGGGGAGGAGAAGACGUACAUCUGUACCGUAAAUACCUUCACAGCAACCUCAUUGUGGUGAGGACACCUGUCCGGGGACUUUUCCACCUUUGGCACGAAAAGCAUUGCUUAGACGAACUGACCCCAGAGCAGUACAAGAUGUGUAUUCAGUCCAAAGCCAUGAAUGAAGCUUCUCAUGGGCAGCUAGGAAUGCUGGUCUUCAGACGGGAGAUUGAGUCUCAUCGGCGCAAACAGAAAACAAGCAAUAAAAAGACUUGAAGCCAAGAAGUGUCUUACUCAAAGAUAAAAAUGAAGAACCUCCCAGUCGAACAUAGAAAGUUGUUUUUAAAAAGACUCUAGGGAGAUGAAAUGUCACAAGAAAUUCCUGUCCUUGCUAUUAGUUGCAGGGCUCUUGAAAACUCCCUUUUCUCUAAUUUGUCUGUGGGCCAUACCAUUGGUUGAUGCCAUUAAGGCAUAGAGAACAGCUAUUUGUUUUUGCCAUUUGUUUGAUAUUUAAAAUACAACAAGAUAGUUUUAUAACUUUCAUAGAAUCAUAGAGUUGGAAGCGGACUUGCAGAUCACCUAGUCCAACCCACAAAAUCUGCUUACCUGCAAUUUACAACUGUUGGUUUUAGUCCUACCCUCAGGAGCAACAGAAAAAAAAUGUCUACUCCAUCUUCUGCCCAACACUCUUAGAUAUUUGAAGGCCUUGUUUCCCCUUGACCUUCUCUUCUCCAAGCGAAACGGACCCAGCUCUUUCAGCCAUUCGUUGUAGGAAGUGGUUUCCCCAGACCCCUCACCACCCUAGUCACUAUUCUCUAGACACAUUCCAGUUUGUCAAUGUCUUUAAAAUGUGCUGCCCAGCCCCUGGACAACAACUUUGGCCCAACACAGAAUGCAGUGGAAAUUGUUACUUACCAUGAACUAUCAUAUGACCAGAGUGUACAAAGCUUUACAUUUUAUCUGUUGGAUAGCCACGUGCUCAUGAGCACGUGGCUUAUGAGUAAAAUCAUAGGAAUGCUUUUGGAGAGGAGGCCAGAGAGCUAUUCAAAUUAGAUUACUGAUGAUGGCGCUGAUCCAGUUCUAGCUAUACUCUGCUGUGUGUAACUAGUAACUCUGAAUAGGACUGCACAUCCACAUUUGGGUCACAUUCACCCAUCCAAACCAAUGGGGGAUUCGAUUAUAACCACAUGGCAUGUGAUCCAUAUCAGCUGAACAUAACAGAUCUCUUGCUAGAUUGAGGCAUAUCUCUUUAAGCCCCUCAAAGAAGGUAAAGAACUACUUUCUGUGAGCCAUAUUUAGAUAACUCUGGUGACGUUUCAAAAUUCCACAGGAUCCAUAUGAAAUCACAUAUGCCAGUUUAAGCUAGAUAGACAGAGUAGGACACAAACAGGGUUGACUUUAUAUAGAGAAGGAGCAGAAGACAAGGAUUUCUGGCAGCUAAAAUGCUAAUUUCUCAAAAACAAUAACAGGUAAAAACAUAGAACCAUAUCUCUGCCCAACAACACUAUCAGUUAUAAUCACCCAAACCAAAAAGCAAAUUUGCUGGAACUUCUGUGGAUUAAGUAAAUAAUAAAUGUUCACUUGUUCUUAGGAGCUAUAUCAAAUAUCAUUUGUGUU